AUGAUCACACACCGUAUAUGUAAAGAGUUCCCUAAAGAGCCGUUGAUCGGAGCUUUCUAUGGUACAGAACCCUCACUCAUAGUUCAAGAUCAAGAGAUAAUAAAAAUUAUUACUACAAAAGACUUCUAUUACUUUAACGGUAGAGAGGUAGCUGACUAUACUGAGAAGGAAAUUUUAACUCAAAAUCUUUUCUUUACAUACGGAGACAAAUGGAAGGUGUUACGCCAAAAUCUAACCCCAUUGUUUACUUCAGCAAAAAUGAAGAACAUGUUUUAUUUGAUCGAAAAAUGCGCCCGGACAUUCGGGAUGAUGCUAGACGAAGAAAGCACGACAUCGCCGAUUAUGGAAGUGCGCUCUCUUAUGGCGCGUUACACCAUGGACUGCAUUGGCUCUUGCGCUUUCGGUGUGGAAACUAACACAAUGAAAAAAUAUGACACACCUAAUCCUUACAGAAUAAUGGGCGAUAAAAUAUUCGAAAAUUCUUCAGCCAGAGGCAUCAAGUUAUAUGCCAGAGCGAUGUGGCCUGCAGUGUUCUACUCGUUAGGCUAUCAGCUCUUCCCAAAUGAAAUAAUAUCGUUCUUUAAAAAGUUACUAAUCGGUGUAUUCGAGAGCAGGGAAUACAAGCCGUCAAAUAGAAACGACUUUGUAGAUCUUGUGUUAAAUUUGAGAGAAAAUCAGUUUGUGACCGGCGAUAGCAUCACUAAUCUUAAAACUGGAGAGGGAAACAAAGCACAUCUGGAAGUAAACGAUGAUACGUUAAGCUCGCAGUGUGUUAUGUUCUUUGCAGCUGGUUAUGAGACAUCAGCUACAACACUUAGCUUUACUCUCUAUGAGCUGGCAAAGAACCAGGAGGCACAGUUAAAAGCCAUAGCGGAAGUAGACGAGUAUCUUCAUCGCCAUGGAGGUAAAAUUGAGUACGAUUGCGUGAAUGAGCUGCCCUACGUCGAAGCGUGUACAGAUGAGGCUCUUCGUUUAUAUCCAGUCUUGAGCACCAUCACCAGGGAGUUGGUUGAAGAUUACACGCUACCAACAGGCUUGCGUCUAGACAAGGGGUUGCGCGUACAUAUUCCAGUCUAUAGUCUACAUCACAACCCUGAACACUUUCCGAACCCUGAAAAAUUCCUACCGGAACGAUUUCUUGCAAACGAGCGGGAGAAAAUCAAACCUUUCACAUAUAUACCUUUCGGUGUUGGACAAAGAAUUUGUAUCGGUAUGCGUUUCGCGAAGAUGCAGAUGUUGGCAGGAUUGGUGGCACUGUUCAGAAAUUACCGAGUGGAGACCGCAAGUGACACACCGGAUGAGAUCAAAUUUGAUCCUACUGGCCUUGUCACACAACCUCGUACCAAAGUCAACUUGAAGUUCGUCCGUCGCCAUGAUAUAGAAAAACAGAAACGCGUAUAA